CUCGAGCUCGCAAAUCCGCGUCGCGAGCCCCAUCCUGCGAAGAUAACUGCGGUUGUGAUCGGACCGAAAGUUGUGCUGUUGUGAGAUUGUGACUGAAAGAAUUGAUGCAGGGAAGUUCGAGUGUAGAAUGAAGCUCUGAAAAAAUGAGACAAUAAAAGAUAACUGAUAAGUUGUACAGAGAUUUUUCGAAGCGUGAGUUUUGCAAAGAUAAGCGGGUCGAACUCAGGAAUCUUCGGUAUCUGGAAACUUUUGUUUAAGUAGCUGCGACUGUCAACUUUCGAUUCCGAAAGUUCAGCGAGUUUCAACUUGUGAAUUCUCAGGAAUUUAAGACUUGGAAACUUUGAUUCUAUUUGAGCUUUGUGUACUUGGAACGGUUGGACAUCUGCAGCUUUUUGGGUUUCCAUGACUUUCAGCCUGAUGAUAUUCAUCAUCGCUUGAGACCAGUUGCUUUACAUCCGACAGGCUUCAAGAUCUAUUCUUCCGGACUUCGGGAGGAAUACUUUACGUUUAAGAUUCUUCAGGAUCCAUGGAUUGUUGGACCUAGAGAUUGCCGAUUCCAUCAAAUGUCCACGAAGAAGGUGAGGAGGCCAUCGUCGCCGCGGCGUUUCUUCGCGCGGCUUUACGGCCAUUUGGAGGCGACGAAGAAAACGAAGGAUGACGAGGACGAAGAUCGUACGAGAGAAAGUUUGGACUCCUCGCCGGAAAUCACGGAAGAAGUUCCGCACGUACUUCCUGGUUCACCUGGCUUGCACAAGACGCUGCAUGCGUCACAGUCCAAGAAUCACGAGGAGACGCCGGACGACGUCGGAAAAAGCAAAGUAUUCGAGGACAAGGAAGCGGAGAAAAAUUCGGUGCUCGCGGAUGUAAGGCUGCCCUUCCUACACGGAUUUUUCCCGAGAGUUCCUGGUCACCCUUUGCACCUGACGCAGCUCGCACAUCCGCCCACGCUGCCACCGCAUCUUCAUGGUUUACCGAACCAUCAUACCAUGGCCGAGCAUCACUUUCAAGGAUUCUCAGCCUUCCUAGCGCGCAGAAGAAGAAAAGAGGGUCGGCCACGGAGGCAGAGGACGACAUUCAGCGGCGAACAGACCCUGAGACUGGAGGUCGAGUACCGGCGAGGGGAGUAUAUCUCGAGGGGACGUAGGUUCGAACUCGCAGCUUCCUUGAGGCUCACCGAGACGCAGAUCAAGAUCUGGUUCCAGAACAGGCGUGCCAAAGACAAAAGGAUCGAGAAGGCGCAACUGGAUCAGCAGUACCGCAACUUUGCGGUGUCGAACGGCCUGGUGAAUCUGCCGCUUUACAACGCGGGCUUCUGCGGCCUCUGCCUGUACAAGGAUACGUACGGGACGAUGACCAACCAUUCCUGCGUCUCCGGCAAUCCCGUUAUCGCCGACUCGUCGCCGUCACCCCUGAAGGAUCAGCCGCGUUACAGCAGCAGCGGCAGCGAGACGUCCGACAAUCCGUCGAAUCUCAUGUCCACGAUUUAAUCGAGUCUAAUGCGAUCGCGUUUAACACUUUGGCUGUCCAAUUAAUUUCGAGUGCAAGUCCGCGUGACAAUGUCAAUUUUAUUUCUUGCAUAUUUUAUUCGAUAUUCAGUAUAAAUAAUUAAGUUAAUACAAUUCAUUCUUACUUGAAUUAUUUAAACAGUUAUCCGUGGGUGACGUGGCAGUCCAAGUGUUAAGGAGCUUAAAAAGUAUCACGAUGCAAAAAUGCGGUUUGCUAUAAAUCUUCCGGCUAAUCAUGCAGUCAAUCGCGGCUCCAUCAUCAGCGAGAUGCGCAAGUUUCCAUAAGUAUCCAAUGCAAAAGGUGUUCCUCGCUGUACAGAAAUAUAAAAGCUGCUUGCCAAUGUGAAUUGUUUCGGAUUAACGCUGCGAUUCCGUCAUCAACAGCAUCGAGUCUGAUAUUUUUCAAUAUAAUUAUGCGAUUAGAAUUAACGUUACCAGUUUCCGGUCGGCAUGAGAGAGAACACGAGUGCAGUUCUUGUUCGACAUAUUCUUGAACUCAGAAGCUUAGCUUCAUGACGAAAUUUCGCACAUUGACACUGUUAGUUUUCGCGUUGACAAAUAACACGCAGACUUGGCAAAGCUUCUUGCAAAGCUGGAAUUCUUAUCUAUUCUUUUGAAUGUAGACUUUUGUAAAAGAUGAUAGAUUCUGAUAGAUAGGUUUGAAUCUAAAAUCAUUAAUUGACAAGAUUGAAUUAUUAAGUCGACUUACAAAAUCCGUUUAAAAUGAACUUACCUCUCGAGCUCUUCCUGCUUUUUAUUGUCCGACACAUUGAGCGGGAAUUUAGUUUGAUACAUGUUUUACUUGGGUAAUGUGCAUCAAUGACAAACGCAAUCGAGGAAAUCAGUUACGAUCAAUCGUAGUAGUAAUGCGAUUAUGGUAGUUACAGUUAUUAUUUAUAUAAUAAUUAUAAUAAAGGACAAUAUUUAAUUGUGCGAGUUUCAAUCAACGCUUAAUCGAUGAGGAGGAUGAUACAUGAAACUGCAACAACGUGCAAUGUGUUAAUCAUUAAUUAGAACAAAAUUCAAAAUUGAUUCAUAAUUCUUACUUGUCGCAUCAAAUUGCAGUUGCAGUUGCAUGUAUCCGGAGAGUUUGGAGGGAAAUGAAACAGUUUUAUAUAGUUUAAAAAGAAGUUUAUUAAACGUGUAAAGGCAGUUACAAUCUAAAUAUAUCGUAUAUAUAUAUAUCCUAUAGAUCCUAAGAUCCGAGAUUUCUGAUCUCUGGGAUCUCUGGAUCUUUGCUUAAAAAUAUUUCAGUUCCUAAAAAAAACCUUGGACCUGCAAAGUUUCUGGAUUUUGAGAGAAUCAGACUCUAAGAUUCCAUGCGAUUUAGAAAAGCUCUUAAAACAACUUGCACGCUUUAAUUUCAAUUAAAUCCUAUAAAAUUCUGAACAAUUCUUGCAAUUUCUAAUUUCCUGGAUUAUCAAAACUCCGAAUGUUAAAAAAAUAUUUCUGUGCUUAUUUCAAUGUUCAUGAAUCAAAGGCAGAUUUUUAUUAUGAAAAUUUAUCAAAUCUUCAGGUAUCUGCUUUUGAAUUAUGAAUGUUCUCGGACGCCUGGAUUCUUAAGAUCUUCUCAAAAACACCCGACUUUUUCGAGUAACAUUCGAGGCGACUCAAAAAAAGCCGUAACUCCCGUGUAAAUCGUUACUUGAACUUACCUCAAUCGGCGAGCCUGGAAAGACGGCGGCAGAGGCACGUCGCUUUCUUCAAGUACCAGCCCAAACGGUAAACCAGAAAUUAAUGAAAACGAAAGACAGCAAUUAAUACAGUGAAAGUAAAAGAAAGUCUCAGUAAGAAACGCCCUGCCUGCUCCGAGCAAGAGAACUCAAAUGAACCAAGUGAUAACGUGUCUAUCAUCCUGAUCAUCAUCCUUCUCGUGUCUUAGAUCUCGCUAACUUGCCUGUUAAAUUUAAUCAAGGUUCCUUUCCAAGUAGAUGACUAGAUCAUUUAACAAUAUCUCUUUAAAUAUUACCACCAGCUUUCAUAUUAAUCAUUGAUCAUAGGUCUUAGAAUUUAAAAUCUUAGGUACCGACGAUGGAUUGAUAUUAAAAGAAAUCAAUUAUAUUUCUAUAAAUAUUCUACGUUUCACAUACACUAACAAAUACUCUAGACACCACAGUAAGCUUUGAUCUCGUGACUCCAUGAGUUCAGUACGUCGAAUAGCGGAAGUGUCACACCUUCGGGGGUGCUACAACGCGAGAAAAUCUGACUGCGGAGCUUGGUGCUUGGUGCCAAAGACCCUUGAAGCCAUGUAACGUAAUAUUAAAUAUAAAAAGACUCCAGACUCUCGUAGAGUCUCCGGAUCCGUGAGACACAAACGGAAAAGCAUAUUCGCCUGUUCGAGACGGCAUAUUUUUUGAGAGAGAGACUCUCGUGUGCACGUGAACACUAGAUAAAAGAUUUAACAAAAAAAAAGGAAAAAGAAAAGAAGAGAGACGAGAAACAUAAAUGUAAAGAACAGCGACGAUGCAACAGAGAUACAAACGAAAUUGUGUGCCUCCCGUUCAAUCUAAAGCUUCUUCUUCGCGAAAGAGAGGUGACUCGAAUGGUAUCGGCGGAAACCUGCAAUCACGAGAAAUGCCACAAUAACGAGUGUUAUUGGCUGACAUUUCUUUUGCAAAAUUAUCUUGCGGACUCGAAGUAGGCUCGACUUUCAACUGGUUAAAGCUAGAUUUACUUUGAGCUGCGGUUUCUACCGAUUCCUUCGACAAUUCAUCACACUUUCGCAAGUUCUCUAUAUAAACAGCGACAGUUCUGGUGCAGGUACACCAGGUGCAACGUAGUCGCCAGGAAGUAUACACGGUAAAACAAUACUAUAACGUCAUGCACACACUUGUUGCUAUUUAGCACCCUAUAUAUAUAGAUACAUGUAUUAUAUAUAGAUAUGUCUAAGCAAAUGAGUCGAAACAUUCCUACCUGCGUGAUUGCAUAACAGAGGCUAGAGCGAGAAGCCUAGCAAACACUAGUCUGUCGCAGACUGAGGAUCCUUUCUCUGUCCUCUCUCUUUUGCAUUUUCUUUUGCUCUUUCUCUGCUACCUGCCUGCUUUUUAGCUUCUUCCUGGCUCUUAAGCUGCUAAUCUUCAUCGCUAAAGUUCGGAUCCAAACUGCGCUAGGCUAACUAGACGCUAUUCUAGCACUUUCAACGUCUCUCUAGGUCUAUCUAAGGGUGGAUAACUCGUUUGGAGGAUCGUGCUGCGGGUAGGAUUGAAUAGAAUCUCCGGAAUUAAAGUGAGUCUCGUAAGGAUUUUUGGUUCCAGGUAUCUUUUUUUUGGUAUCGCUGCAAUUACAUUUGAUUAACGUUAGAAACGACAAUCGCAUGAACCUUUGAAGAUCGAUACUAUAUAUCAAACGGAAAACUCACUUGUUUCGAUUGACGUAUAUAGCACGGUAGAAAAGAAUCACGCUGUUUCUCGCUCUCGACGUCGUGACUGAACGCAGCCGUAGGAGCAAUCUCAGGGAGCGAUUAGCGGUCGUGGCGGGAACGGGUAUUUCGGAAGAGUAAAGCUUCGCGCGCGAGUCAUUCGUCAGAACUCCUCGCGACGGAGGAGACUACAGAAAAAACUGGGCUUGGGUUUAUCGUUUCUGUACAAAUGAUUUAAUACUGCGAAUACACAUUGAAACAUUCGUCGUCUCGUGACACCGGUGGCACUUAUCUUUCAACUACACAGUUGAUCAGUACAUCCAUACGGUUUUUUUUUUUCUUUGUUGCUCGGUCUAUUGUACAAUACAUUUAGAAGCUCUCUUUUUCACGAUACUGUAUACAAGAUAUAGUUCUGAUCUCGUUAAUAUUAUUAUUCUUACGCGAACUUCAAAGAGGAGAUUGCAAUAUUGUAAUGAGAAACUCUCUCACGUCAAUUGAUUGGAGUUCGCUCGUUCCCUUCUCUUGAAAUGGAAUGAAUUCUUUUUACUUGAGCAAGAUGGAUACCUUGCUUACUAAUCAAGAUUAUAAUUUUGUGACUUUAGACUCUUUUCUAACUUUACUAUUCUCUCACCAAAAAUCUCACCUGACUUUUUCCUGAAGGAGUCAAUUCGAUCAGACAAUUUUGAUCUGCACGUUCGAUAUUGUCGUGAAAUACACGUACGUGUUUGGUAUCUUGAAUGACAACAUCAGUUGACAAAGGUCAAUUGAUACUGCAAAGAGACUUUCGAUAAUCUCCAGUAUAUGUGGAUCAUUGAAAAGUAAUUCAUUGUCGUCAUGAACUACGAAAGGACCUUUCCGAGAUGUAAAUUAAGCUUUUAAUGCAUUCAUAUUUGAGAAAUUCUACUUUAGCUACUACGGAGGAGACGAGCGAACUGUUUAUUAAAUCAAUUCGAUAUUAUGGAGUUUCAUAAAAUAAGGUACUUCGAACGACGGUAUUAGUUAAUCUACUCGGUAUAUCCUGUCCGCCCGCGACAACGCGGGCCCUUUAUAGUCCCGAGCUUGCAACCUACCCGAUUUCUCGCGUCACAAAAUUAAAACAUGGUAAAGAAAAGGUUUUUCUGCUGUUUUAUUUCGCUGACUAAGUUUUAAAUAGUUACACAUUUUUAGUUUCUAUCCUAAUAUUUAAUUCUUACGCUGACAAAUACUCCGUUCUAUUGCGGCGUAUCACCAUACACGCACAGACGCGUACACACACGCAUAUGCAAACGCUAUCUCUCUUCCUUUCUCAUUCCCCGCCUUUCCCUUUCUUUCCCGCACUGGCUCUUCCUAAUAUAUAAAUUAUGUUUCUGUGUAUAAAUGAAUUUUCUUUCCUGUCUGGUCGUGAUAUCUACGCACAGG